UGUGAUGGGGAGAGAAAUCUCUACAGAGGGGAUUGGACCUAUCCCAUGAGGAGAGAGAUGCAGGAAAUUUUACCUGGGUUAUUUUUAGGCCCGUAUUCUUCAGCUAUGAAAAGCAAGCUACCUAUACUUCAGAAACAUGGAAUAACCCAUGUAAUAUGCAUACGGCAAAACAUUGAAGCAAAUUUUAUUAAACCAAACUUCCAACAGUUAUUUAGGUAUUUAGUCUUGGAUAUUGCUGAUAAUCCAGUUGAGAACAUAAUACGAUUUUUCCCUAUGACUAAAGAAUUUAUUGAUGGAAGUUUACAAAGUGGAGGAAAAGUUCUUGUCCAUGGAAAUGCAGGGAUUUCUAGAAGUGCUGCCUUAGUUAUUGCAUACAUAAUGGAAACAUUUGGGGUGAAGUACAGGGAUGCAUUUACGUACGUUCAAGAAAGACGAUUCUGUAUUAAUCCUAAUGCUGGAUUUGUCCAUCAACUUCAGGAAUAUGAAGCCAUCUAUCUAGCAAAAUUAACCAUCCAGAUGAUGUCACCACUGCAGCUGGAGAGAUCCCUCUCAGUUCCACCUGGCACUACAGGAAGUUUAAAGCGAAUGCAUGAAGAGGACGAAGAACUCGGAACCAUGCAAGUGGCAGCGGCACAGAACGGAUGAUCUCCGGGGACGGCACUGUUUGUAUUGUGAAUUCCUGCCGAGAAAGGUGAAGACGGCUAGGGAAAAAGGAUCAGUAACGCAAAAGGAUGAACGCGCCCAGAGCUUCUUUUCAAUUACACGUUGCUUUCGGAUGUAAAUCUGCCUCUGCAACACACUAAGCAUCAUUUUUAAGAUGUUGGACUUCUUGAAUGAAUAGAUGGCACUGAUUGUUUUACUCCUUUUUUACACUUUACAGUUUUAUUCUAAACCAAGAUUUUUGGACUUGCAAAGAGGUAUUAUUGCAAUAAUGCACUUUUCAUACUUGAAAUUUCUUUAUUUGUAUGAUAUAAAGUUAUUACUUUAAAGAAAAUGCAAGCUGGGGGGAUUUGUUUAUAAAGUUAUUUGUGUAAUUUAUAACAAGAGACUUUAGUAAAGAAAAAGUU